CAACCAUGCGUUUGGAAUGAAGCAUACGAGACAGACAACUGUCAAAAAAGAAAAAAAAGAAUUGUGUGUUCGCGAGAGGAAUACGACAAAAAGUAUUUUUUGUAAAUUUUUCUUCUUUUUAUUUUUGCUACAACCAAAAAAGCAAAUACACUUUUUUCUUAACCGACCUCAACAAUUUAAAAAUAAUUUAUAUUUUUUAUAAAAUAAAACAUACAGUUUGUAACAAUUACUAAAUGGAAAGUUAAAGAAAACAACGCGCUAAAGGAUAAGCGCUGGGAGAAAAGAUUGCCAAAGGAAUGUAAUCACUGUAAAAAAGAAAUAAAAGGUGUUUAAGACGAAUUUAAUACAAAAAUGCAUAGAUAUGCCACAAAAUAAUCUAAUAACUCUUGACUAAAUCCACACAAUAAAUUCGAACGUAAACGGCAAGUUUUUCUUAAUAAUAUUGAGUUGAAAUAAAAAAGGAAAAACUAGUGGAACGGCCUCGCAAAAAAAGGUGGUAAGGUGUGAAAUUAACAUCAUCAACGAUACUGCUCCUCCUACAUACUAAAUGGCAAACUUUUCCUAAUACGUGAUAACAAAAAGUUUUAAUUUUUUAAUAAAAUUAAAAAAAAAAUUAAUAACCAACAUAUUUAAUUCAAUAAUUUAACAAGAUCAUACUUCUAAAGUUUACGAUCAAGUUAUUAUCAAUAGACAAGAGAAUUUGUUUAUUUUGGAAUUUUUAAAGUUCUGAUUUCGCUAAACAUACUUUUAACAAACAUAUAUUAAAUAUACACAUUAAGGCAUUCCUAGAAUGCAUAUAAAAAGUCUGCAACAUGCUCAUGCUGCUGCAGCAGCGGCAGCAGCCAUGCCAAACUGUGAAAUUGUAAUCGUAUCAUCUUCGCCUAAUCAUAAUAACAAUAACAACAACAACAACAAUAAUAACAACAAUGAAAGUACAAAUGGGGGAUCGAGUAAUGGCAGUGGAGGCGGCGGUGGUGGUGUAGCUAACAAUGGUCACCAGCACCAACAACAGCAACACGGUUCAUCAGCCCCAACACCUACUGAGAUUCCAAUACCGUUUAUGCAUUUGGCAGGAGUGACAGCAGAGGCUCAUGCUGCCGCUCAAGCGGCUGCUAUGGCAGCAGCACAAGCGGCGGCCGCUCAAGCAGCCGCUGCCGAACAUGGUGGCGGUAAUGCACCACCACCGGGCAGUGCUCUGGCCCAUCAUCAUGCCAUAUUGCAGCAACAUCCCUUGGCUCACCUGGUGGCCACGGCUGCACACAGUCCUGCUCUAUCCGAACAACAUUUCAUAGCCCGCGAUGCUACCGUCUUGACUAAUGGCCAUAAUGGCAACUCAACGUCGGUAUCGGGUGGACCUGCCCCCGAAAAACCAUUUCAGUGUAAUGUCUGUGAACGACGAUUCCGCCAAUUGAGUACACUCACGAAUCAUGUAAAAAUUCAUACCGGAGAAAAGCCGUACAAAUGUAAUGUUUGUGAUAAAACCUUUCGUCAAUCGUCCACUUUGACUAAUCACUUGAAAAUUCAUACCGGUGAGAAGCCAUUUAAUUGUACCUAUUGUCCGAAACACUUUCGCCAAUUGAGUACAUUAACAAAUCAUUUGAAAAUUCAUACAGGUGAAAAACCCUUUGAAUGUGCCGUUUGUAAAAAACAAUUCCGUCAAUCUAGUACUCUGAAUAAUCACAUAAAAAUCCAUGUUAUGGACAAAGUCUACGUGCCCGUAAAGAUUAAAACUGAGGAGGAGGAAGGGUGA